CGGAGAUCGAUUGAAUACAUGUCCCAGCCUGGCACUAUAUCCCGGUGUCCGAAUGGCGGCACGGCACGACCAGCUUAAAAGCGGUCGUGACGGUCUCAGCUGCAUGAGGCUGAAACCCCCAGAAGUCCAGAAACGAUCAACGUGAUAUCAUAGCCUGUGAGUAUCUACAAGUACUCUGGUCAAGUCGUAACACACUCCCCAUUCUGCUUUUUCUCUCUACGAGUCACUCCUACAGAGUGCUGCUAGACUGCAGCAUGACAUCUCCCCCGGGCAGCGGCCGCCUGAAAGGGCGCAUCGCAGUGGUGACAGGAUCAUCAUCGGGACUCGGCCAAGCCAUCUGCCUCGCCUUUGCCGCCGAAGGAGCGUCGAUCUUCUGCAUCGACCUGUACCCUGCGCCGCGCAACGCGAUCAACGCGUCGACCUUGAGGGCCGACGACUUCCACAACCGCGUGUCCGGCCAGCCCGGCACGCACGAGCUCAUCCGCCAGAACGGCGGUGAAGCCACAUACCACAAGGCGGACGUGACCAAGGCGCGGGACGUGGAGCUCGCGAUCCGGGCGUGCGUGCAGCGGUACAAGAGAGUGGACAUCAUGGUGAACAACGCGGGCGUGUCGGUCGAGUCGACGCACGUGCGGGCCCUGCGCUGCCACGAGACCAGCGAGGAGGACUUCGACAAGACGCUCGCGAUCAACACAAAGGGCAUGUUCCUGGGUUGCAAGUAUGCGCUGAAACAAAUGCUCGAGGGCCAGGAGAAAGUCCACAAGGGGUCGAGGGGCUGGAUCAUCAACACCGCGUCGGUGCAAGGGCUUGUGCCUUACUACGGCACGCCGAGUUACUGCGCGUCCAAGGGCGCCGCGGUCAUGUUGACCAAGCAGAUCGCGCUGGACUACGCCAAGGAUCUGGUUCAUUGUAAUGCUUUAUGCCCCGGGUUCUUGGAGACGAGUAUGACGCAGAACCUCCAAACCCAGGAGGAGGUGCUUCAGGAGAUUAAGGGGAAACAUCCGUUCGGCGAGACGCUCGGGAAGGUUGAGGAUGUCGCGAAGGCCGCCGUGUUUUUGGCGAGUGAUGAUGCCGCGUGGAUAACGGGCGUGCCUCUGCCCGUCGAUGGAGGCUAUUUGUUGAGGUAGAUGUAGAUGUAAAGAUAGAAGUAUGAGUACAGAUAGAAAAAUUCAUGUCUGGGAGGGGAAUGACCACGGGCUCGCUCAAGGCCCUGUCAUGUGACAAGU